GGCCGCUCCCUGUCCGGUAGUGGGCGCCAACGGCGGCCACACAUGCGGUCCAAUUUAAACCGAAUAGCAGCAUUUGUAGGCGAAGGCGUGUUGGGUCGCCGGUGAUGUUUUGUGACCGAUAACGCGUUCGCUAUCAGCCAGGUAUGGACGAAGAAGCCGUCGGCAGCAUGGCGUCCAGGGCGUCGUCCGACACGAUGGACUUGCAGCGGCAGGAACAGGUCGCCUACGAGUACCUCUGUCACCUCGAAGAAACCCGGGCAUGGCUGUCGGCGUGCAUAUCCCAAGAGCUGCCGGGACCCUCGGCCCUCGAAGAAUCGCUGCGAAACGGUGUGUACCUCGCCAAACUCGCGCACUUCUUCGCCCCCGACGUCGUGCCGCUGCGCAAGGUCUACGACGCCGACGAGUCCGUUUACGCUGAACGCGGCUUGCGCUUCCGGCACACCGACAACAUCAAUCACUGGCUGGCGGCGAUGAGGGCGGUCGGGCUGCCGCAGCACUUCUUUCCGGACGCCUUCGAUCUGUACGAGAAGCGCAACCUGCCCAAGGUUAUCUACUGCCUGCACGCGCUGAGCUUGCUCCUCUUCAAGCUGGGGAAGGCGCCCAAGAUUGAAGAUCUGGUGGGUAAGCUCAGCUUUAGCUCGUCCCAGAUCGACGAGGUUCGCCUCGCGCUUCAGGAAAGGGGUGUGGAGCUGCCGGCGUUCGGGAAAAUAGGCGGCAUCUUGGCCCGCGAGAUGUCUGCCGACGACGCCGCACUCCACGUCGCUGUCAUCCUCAUUAACAAAGCUCUGGACGACGAAGACCCAGAGGCCAUGGUGGCCGCACUCAGCGACCCUCGAGCUGAACUUUGUGCAGUGCGCGACACCAACGCGUCCCGUUACCUGCAAGUCCUGCGAGUUGCCAAACAGGUCAAGCUUGAGAACCACCUGGAGCGUUCGCUGGAUGGUUCCUACGUCGCGGAUGUCUACGACGAAAUGCUCAACCAGGCCGAGAUCCAAGGCUAUGUUUUUGAGACCAACGUGAAUGUUCUCCUCGAACAGCUAGACAAGGCCAUCAAGGAAGACGACCUCGAAGUGUUUGGGACUCUGAUUGGCUCGCCGGACUUGGGCGUGUCUAAUGUGGUUCCCGAAAAUGUAGCCGGCUACCUUGAAGUCCUGAAAAAGAUCAGGGAAGACACGGAUGACGAAGCGUUCGUCCUUUCCAAGAGCGACCUUCAGGUUGCGGUGACGGCAUCCAAUGAGAAGGUGGACUUGGAGAAUGCUCAGGAAGAGGCCAUAAUUGCCAUCAACAACUGUCUCAAAGGAGACGAUGCUGAAGCGACGUUUCGGGCACUUCAGAAUCCUGCUGCCGCACUCCCAGAAGUGUACCCACUUGUUUCGGGGCUCUACCACUCUGAACUCGCUUCGAUACGUAACGAGGCAGGCCACAACUUGGACCGUAACGAACUGAUCAAUGGACUUUGCAUCCUAAGUGCGAUUGCUGAAGUGAAUUUUUCUCUUAGAAUGAAAGGUUCAUGCGAUGUCGUAGAGUCGCUCAGAAAGCCCAGCGCGCACAUCUCUGGCGUGAAUGAGGGUCGAACCAGUCGCUACAUGGGCACGCUUCUGCAAGAGCUCUCCAACAAGUCAAAGGGUGACUCUACGGGCACAUACUUAACGCACACUGAGAUUCAGAACUGCGUUGACACUGCCAACAGCAGGGCAGACGACGAACACGACAAGGAAAAAGCCGUUCAGUGGAUAAACCAAGCUGUUGCAUCGGGAAAUGCAAGCAAAACGGUUGAUGCCCUUCUGAAAAAAGCUGCGAUGAUCUUGUGUGUUGACAAGGCCCAGGAGAAAGUCUACCAGCUGUUUCUGGCCGCAAAACAGGUGGGACAAGAGAACGCCUUCCUCACAGUUGACGACAUACAGCACGAGGUCAAUUCGGCAAAUACCAUCGCAACCGAGAGCAAUCGCAUUUGUGUCAGUUUGGCUACGGUGCACAUGGGUGUGGUCCACAGAAAUGCCGACGACGUCCUCAACGGUCUCGAAGCUUUGGAUUCUGUCAAAGUUAUUCCCGGAUGCAAGAAGCUUUACUUGAAAGAGCUCCAGCGUUUGUCCACCGAAAGCAAGGAUUCUGAGGAACCACUAGAAUGGCUGAGCUGUUUUGUCCAGCCAAACUUGCACUUUAACUUUAACCUUCUGACCUUGCACAGUGAAUGGUCAGACUCUCCUUAUGGCUCUCUGGACUCUUACAUGAGCCUCGACAAGGUGACCAAGCUUGUGGAGGAUGUAAACAAUCGCUUCUUAUCGGAGGACUUCAUACCACUCUGGGUGAACUUCCAAGCUGCCUCAAGGGGCUGGCUAGCACGACGCCCCGCGGAUGAGUUACGCAAACGGUUGGCCAGGAUUAUUAGCUUCAGGAUUGACACCACAGACAGCCAACAAGUGCGUGCAAGUCCCCGGAUGCUUCGUAGGUCAGACUCCUUCAUCGCCAAACUACAGUCCCAUAUACGAGGCUUUCUGACACGCAGAAGGCUGCACGUUUCUAUUUGCCAUCCUGAAGUAGAAAAGGAAUCGUGCCAAGAACUGUUGAACCAAGCACACCUACCCUUAAUCCGAGAGUUCCUUCACUCCUUAGAUGUCAGUGCCCACGACUUCUCUCAGGAGGCCGAGCUGCAGAAGGUCAAGUCAUCUGUUGUGGCAUCCAUCCGCCACAACAAUGCCCUUGAGAAAGAAGUUGAUGCUAUGGAUGUCAAGAUAGGCCUGCUUGUACGCAACUGCAUCACCCUCGGACAGGUGAUGCAACACACAGGAAAGAAAGCCAAGAGGGACUCCUUGCUGUACCAGACCAGCUGGCUCAAAACCACCCAGAGUCUAACUUCGCUCAGCAAGGAGAGCAGGGAGCGGCUGGCUGCCUACCAGCACCUCUUCUACCUCCUCCAGACGGAUCCAACAUACUUGGCCAAGCUCAUCUUUGCCAUGCCUGCAAGCCGAUCCAACAAGUUUAUAGAGUCAGUCAUCCCUUCAAUUUUCAACUAUGGCUCAUCACCGAGGGAGGAGUACCUUCUUUUGAUGCUGUUCAAGUCUGCCCUGGAGGAAGAGAUCAAGCUUAAGGUGCAGAACCCAGCAGACAUCCUGACUGGAAACCCCCUGGUACUGAAGAUGGUGGUUGACUUCUACAGGACAGGAAGGGGUCAGGGAGCCCUUCAGGAUUUGCUCAAGCCCCUGGUGUCCUCAGUGUUGGAUGAUCCAGAUCUCAGCAUUGACCUCUCCCCAGUGGAUGUCUACAAGAAAUGGAUCAAUGAGAUUGAAACCAAGACAGGAAAGCCGAGCGGAAUGAAGUAUGAGUGCUCUGCAGAGGAUGCUAUUCAGCAUCCUGAAGUUCAAGAGCGACUCAGCGAAUCUGUGGUCCAGUUGGAAAAGCUUGUAAGCACCUUUUGUACCACUAUUACUAAGUCGCAGGAUAAGGUUCCUUAUGGCAUCCUGUAUGUAGCAAAAGUACUAAAGAAUUCGCUGCAUUCAAAGUUUCCACACUUACCAGAGGAAGAACUCCUGAAAUAUGUGGGCAACCUGCUUUACUAUCGUUACAUCAACUCUGGCAUUGUGGCGCCAGAUUCCUUCGACAUCAUCCAGUUGAGCCCUGGAACUACCUUGACCACAAAACAGAGAAAAAAUCUGGGACUGAUUGCAAAAAUUCUGCAGCUUGCUGCAUCGGGAAAAACUUACGACAAUGACCAACACUUGCGACGCUUGUCGGUUCUGACGCGGUCCUGCAACCUAAUCUUCCAAGAGUUCUUCCGAGAGGCCUGCGACGUCACCAGUCCAGAAGAGCACUUUGGCAUUGACAGCUACACGGAAGCCUCUCUGCUCACGCCUCCUACAAUAACGCUGACGUUACAGGAGCUCAGGGACACUCAUCAAUUAUUGCUCGAACACAAGUUAGACGUAGCGCCCGACAGCUUCGACGUGCUGCACCGUCUCUUGGACGACAUUGGGAAACUUCCCACGGAUGACGAGCUCCUGGGGCCCCUUGGAGGGACAUCUUCGAGGAAGGUUGAGAACACAGAGCUCUGCCUGACGCUGACACAGAAGUACACUGACGAAGAGGACAAAGUGCAGCUUCUUUACAGCGAGACAAAACAGAUGGUGGUGAGACUCAUCCGGUACCGCCUUGAUGCACGGACCGCCCGCGAGGUGCUCUGCAGUCCGGUCACCGAGGAAGAAGACCAGUUGUACCAGUCUUGCAGCUCGCCCGAGACAGUAGAAGCCAGAAAAAAGUUCCAGACGCUUCAGGAUCUUCACCAGAUGGCACUGGAAUCUGUGAAGGCCUUGCAGAAGGUGGGGAGACUGCCGGCAGACGACACCUACAUGGGAUACAUACUAGAGGACAUAGCCAAGGACAUAGUGCAGCAGAGGGAGUACCGGAGGUCCCGAGAACAGGAGCUCAGGAAACUGCAGCAGACUCAGCGUGACUUGGAUCGCAAGACUGCUUUCUACGAAGAAAAGUUGGACUACUACCAGCAGUAUGUGCAGGCCUGUCUUAACAACCUGAUCAAUAAGGGACCAAAGAAGGGACAUCAGGCACCCAAGCUUCGCACGUCUUCCCUCAAGUACACGGGGGCCCAGCUGGCGGACAAGGGGGUCUUGCUGAGUGUGGACGGCCUGGAGCCCUCGCAGCUGAAGAACGCCCACUUCGAGCUGAGCCCGCGAGAGCAGCAGGGCGUGUUCUCGGUGCGCGCUCGCUUCCUCGGCGUUCCCGUGGACGCUGCAGACAUCGACAUCCAGGACCUUCUCCAGAAGCAGUAUGAAGGAGUCGCUGUCAUGGAUGUGUUCGGGAAGGCGCGCGUCAACGUCAACCUGCUCCUCUACCUCAUCAACCGCAAGUUCUACGGAAAGUAACUGCAGAGGCGGCUUCCCAAGUAACUGCAGAAGUGACCUCUGGCAUUCCUUUGCUAACCCUAGUUUGAGGACUGGUACUAACGUAGACACAGCUGGCUGCAACAUCGGUGAGCGCUGCGUCGUCGUCUGCUUUGCAUCUAGCAGACGACCAAAGGGCGGUGUGAUCACAGAGUGGAAGGACAAUCAAUCUCCGAGAGGAAUCGCAAAGUUUGAUUCCUCUUGGAGAGCAUGUGGUGUGGGGAGAAUGGAACAGCCACCGCCCAUGUGUUAUAGACAGCUGUAUCUAUGAUAGUACUUGCAGAAGAGGUCCCCAGCAUUCCUUCACUAACCCUAGUAGGAGAAAUGGUAUGCCGGCGUCAUCGUAGUGAGUGCUCGAAGACUCUUCAGCGCUGGGGCCAGUUCUGGAAUGAAGAGUUGGAACAGUUGUGGGGAUUGGGCGCUGCAUUAUGGCACCGGUUAUGUGGGGGUCGUCUGCUGGCUGUGGCUUUUGGGUGGGGGAGUGCUUGCAUUUGAAGGCAAUCAGUGUUGCAAGGGUAUGGUGUGUUGGCAAUGAUGCAGUUGUUUAAGUUUGGAGCAGAAAAGGCUUUUUGUUCGACGUAAGGAGGGGUUUGGGGCAGAUUGAACGACAGAAAGAUGCCAAUAGGUGAACACUUGAGCCUUUUGGCAUAUUUUCUGAAUUAUGUAACAGGAAAUAUGUGAUUAGCUAUGUAAGGGAAGGGUUUUUGUUGACAGUGAUGCUAGUUGUCAGACAUAAGGGAAGGUUGGCCUUGUGGAACAGAUGGCUUUGAGCCUCUGGGUGACAUGUUGGCGUUCCGGUUGUCGGAUGUUUUGGUGAAACAUGUUUUUCAAUAAUUACAAGGAUAGCUGGGACAAACGUAUCAGAGACAUUCUGAUGCAUAUGCAAUACCAGUCUUCCACAAUGGUGCAUUUUUAGUGCCAUGUCAUCAUGUGCUCAAUGCCUACUUAAAAUUUCAAGUGUGACUUUUUUCUAUAAAAAAUUGCUUACAGCAACUAGAUUAUGUCUUGAAGGG